CUGUAGAAAUAAUUGGUCUUAUAUAAGACAUUUCUAUUGUGUUCUGUAUUUACAGAUAGCUCAGAUUGACAAGUCACUCUCUCGACAAACAAUGCGAUCUUCGAAAGUAAAUGGAAAAUUAAGGUCUAUGUGUAUCAAGGGCUAAUGAAUUGGUUAUCUUUUGUAUUCAAAUAUGAAAGAUAUUGUGACACUUUUAAAAACAAAAUCAGAAUUAUAUUAAGAUAUUUUUAACAUUACUUUUUUUUCUAGAUACAGGGAAGACUGUUAAGAUACCAAAAUGUUUACAACAUGCAGCCUUAUUUCAAACCUGAAGUGUUAUAAAAACCUAGUGACAUUAAGUGGUGGAUGGAUUCUCAUGUAUUCCUCUUUCACAUGUAUAAAAGAUUUAUCAAGCACUUUCAAUCACAAAGAUGGAGUAGGAUUAUUCGGAUUGGCAACUUUUUAUUUUGGAUACUUGCUGGCUUGUAUAUUUGCUGGUAGUACUGUCAGACUAUUUGAUGCAAAGGUCAGCAUCAGUUGUUCCGCUCUGUGUCAAAUACCGUUUCUUAUAUCAAAUGCUUUACCAAAGUUGUAUGUAUUGCUACCGUUAUCAUUUUUAGGAGGAUUCACACAAUCAAUUCUAUGGACAGCCAGUGGUUCAUAUCUUGUUUGGAUCAGUCAGACUAUUUCUACAAAUAAGAAGAACAAUGUAAACAAAGUGUUUAGCAUAUUUUCUCUCGUAGUAUCUUGUUCUCCAAUUCUUGGCGGGAUAUCAACUGUUUUGGCGUUUUCGCUGUAUGGAAAAAAUCGACAACCGCAUUUUCAAAAACAAUUCAAUCAAAUCAACAAAACAUUUGGAAUUGAUGUUUUAGAAACUUUGAUAUUCAACAAUACAUCUUCUGACGAUUUGUCAGAUUCCGAAGUCUGUGGACCAGACAUUUGCUUCUAUGAAGACAAUCUACCUAGUUUAGCAGUGCCACGUGUCAAAAUAUACAUUAUCUUGGGGUUUUACACAGGAUGUAUGCUUGUGGCGUCAGCAAUGUUUCUAUUUGUGAUGGAUAGUUACAUACCAGAAAAAGAUGAACAAAUAACAUGCAAAAUUUGUAUUUCAGUAACCAAUAUCAUAAAAAUACUGUACAACACAACGUUUGUGAAAGUAUUUCCCUUGAUAUUUUAUUACGGUUUUCAAAUGGCUUUUAUGUCUGGCAGCUUUUUCAAGGAAUAUGUUGGAUGUAGAUAUGGUGUUGAAAAGAUUGGAUAUUUUCUGUCGGCAUUUGGUUUUAGUUCUGCAUUUUCAUCAGCACUAUCCGGUUUCAUACAAACAUGUACUGGACGAGAAUACGUGUUUAUUUUUGCAUGCUUGACCGAAGUUAUAGCAGUUGCGGGAAUGUUAAUAUGGAACUAUUUUUCUAGCUAUAUGACCUAUACCAUCGCGUUGUGUUCUUUGUGGGGACUAGCUCAUGGUAUCUGGCAAACACAUCUCAAUGGAUAUAUUGGAGAGUCGUUUCCAUUAAAAUCUGAGUUUGCCUUUUCAUCACUCAAUCUAGUUUUGUCAGUUGGUUUAAUAACCGGUUACAGUUCUUCAAACUAUAUAUGUAUGAGGACGAAGCUAUAUGUAACAGGAGGGAUGUGUAUUGUUAGUUCUUGUUUCUUCCUGAUCAUGUCAAAAAUAGAUACAUAUAUAUCAACAAAAACUUCAAACGAGUUUCCAAAAUUAAAGAGAUAG